CUUACUUCCUCACUCACUCACUCAAAUUAAUAAAUCAAAUAAUUAAUACGGCGAGCUGGUGUUCAAACCAACUACAAUGAGAGCAAAUCUGUCGCAGUCAGUCCAAUCCUCAUAUGACUCCCAGCCAUUUAAAAUUUGAUGAGCAGUUUCUUUUCUUUUUUUGGAGAGCUCCUUGGAUUGAUCCCAGUCUUUUCCAGUCAUGAAGAACAGGAGGGAAUAUGUGGAAUACCGGAGCGCGAUUAUAGUGGUUCUCUUCUGGAUUCAGAGCUCUUUCGGGAUGCCCCAUGUCAUACGGAUAGGGGGGAUUUUCGAACAGAUGGAUGGACCUGUGGCUCUCGUUAGUUCUGAGGAACUGGCCUUCAAGUUUGCUGUUAAUAACAUCAACAGGAACAGGACGUUAUUACCUAACACGACGCUAACAUACGACAUUCAGAGGAUUAAUAUCUAUGACAGUUUUGAGGCCUCCAGAAAAGCGUGCGACCAGCUGUCUUUAGGUGUAGUGGCAAUAUUUGGACCGUCUCACAGCUCCUCGUCCAACGCCGUACAGUCCAUCUGCAAUGCCCUGGAGGUGCCACACAUUCAAGUGCGAUGGAAACACCACCCGAUGGACAACAGGGACACGUUUUACGCCAACCUGUACCCGGAUUACUCCUCCCUCAGCUACGCCAUCUUAGACCUGGUGCAGUUCCUCAAGUGGAAGACGGCCACCGUGGUUUACGAUGACAGCACAGGUUUAAUCAGACUCCAGGAGUUAAUUAUGGCUCCAUCCAGGUAUAACAUCAGGUUGAAGAUCCGACAGCUCCCUCUGGACACCGUGGACACCAGGCCACUGCUCAAAGAGAUGAAACGGAGCAGAGAGUUUCGCAUUAUCUUCGACUGCAGCCACACCAUGGCCGCGCAGAUCCUCAAGCAAGCGCAGAUGAUGGGGAUGAUGACCGAGUACUAUCACUACAUCUUCACCACUCUGGAUCUCAUGGCCAUAAACCUGGAGCCGUACCGCUUCUGCGGCGUCAAUAUGACCGGCUUUCGCAUCCUAAACGUGGACAAUCCUCAGGUCGCCUCCAUUGUGGAGAAGUGGUCCCUCGAGAGGCAGAUCCCGCCAAAACCAGACUCCGGACUCCUAGAAGGGAUCAUGACGACAGAUGCUGCUCUGACGUACGACGCGGUCCACAUCGUGUCGGUCUCUUACCAGCACGCGCCGCAGAUGACUGUCAACUCGCUGCAGUGUCAUCGCCACAAACCCUGGAGGUUCGGAGGCCGCUUCAUGAGUUUCAUUAAAGAGUCUCACUGGGAUGGCCUGACCGGACGGCUGUGCUUCAACAGAACCACAGGUCUACGCACAGACUUUGAUCUUGACAUUGUCAGUCUUAAGGAGGACGGCCUUCAAAAGGUGGGCAAGUGGAGUGCAUCCGGAGGGCUCAACAUCACAGAGGUUCCACGGCAGAACGGCAUGAACAUCACAGACUCGCUCUCCAACCGCUCGCUGGUCAUCACCACCAUACUGGAGGAGCCAUACGUCAUGCUUAAGAAGUCUGACAAGGCACUCGUCGGCAAUGACCGCUUUGAGGGCUUCUGCAUUGACCUGCUUAAGGAGUUGGCCAGCAUUCUGGGCUUCUCCUACGAAAUCCACUUGGUGCCGGACGGAAAGUAUGGCUUUCAAGACGACAAGGGCCAGUGGAACGGGAUGAUAAGGGAACUCAUGGAACACAGAGCUGACCUUGCUGUGGCUCCCCUCACCAUCACCUUCAUGCGAGAGAAAGCCAUUGACUUCUCCAAACCUUUCUUGAACACUGGCAUCAGUAUCCUGUACCGGAAACCCAACAGCACCAACUCCGGCUUCUUCUCGUUCCUGAACCCCAUGACUCCUGAUAUCUGGGUUUACAUCCUGUUGGCCUACCUGGGGGUCAGCUGCGUGCUCUUUGUCAUCGCCAGGUUCAGUCCUUACGAGUGGUACGAUGCCCAUCCGUGCAACCCAGGCUCCGAUGUGGUAGAAAACAACUUCACCCUUCUCAACAGCUUCUGGUUCGGCGUCGGCUCCCUCAUGCAGCAAGGUUCAGAACUGAUGCCUAAAGCUCUCUCGACCCGAAUCAUCGGAGGAAUCUGGUGGUUCUUCACCCUCAUCAUCAUCUCCUCCUACACAGCCAACCUGGCAGCCUUCCUCACCGUGGAGAGGAUGGAUUCGCCCGUGGACUCGGCCGAUGACCUGGCCAAACAGACCAAAAUAGAGUACGGCGUAGUCAAAGACGGAGCAACCAUGUCCUUCUUUAAGAAAUCCCGAGUGUCGACGUUUGAGAAGAUGUGGGCUUUUAUGAGCAGCAGACAGAGCACAUCGUUUGUCAAGUCCAUUGAAGACGGGAUUCAGAGAGUGUUGAAAUCAGACUACGCUCUGCUAAUGGAAUCAACAACCAUCGAGUAUGUGACGCGCAGGAACUGCAAUCUCACACAGGUCGGCGGCAUCAUCGAUAGUAAAGGUUAUGGCAUCGGCACCCCCAAAGGCUCGCCGUACCGGGAUAAAAUUACCAUUGCUAUCCUGGGUAUUCUGGAAGACGGCCGUCUGCACAUGCUGAAGGAGAAGUGGUGGAGCGGCAGCAGCUGUCUGGAGGACGAGCGCUACGAGACGGGGCCCAUGGGCAUCCAGAACCUGGGCGGCAUCUUCAUUGUGCUGGCGUCUGGCCUGGUGCUGUCCGUGUUUGUGGCUAUAGGAGAGUUCAUCUACAAGCUGCGGAAAACCGCGGAGCGUGAACAGGUCUUUCUGCAGUGCGGUGAUGGAAGAGAUCAGACUGUCGUUCACGUGCGAGAGACGGGUGAAGCACAAGCCCCACCGGCCGCCGCCAGCCAUGCUGAAGACGGACGCAGUGAUCAACAUGCACUCCUUCAGCGACCGUCGCCUGCCCGGAAAGGACAGCAUGAGCUGCAGCACCGCGAUGACGCCCGUGUUUCCAUGACUUGCCUGGGCGACGGGCACCUGAGGCACGUCCCCGGCGCCGUGCCGGAGAGCAGGGACUACGGCUCCGAGAUGAUCACAGCAUUCACCAUCAACCGCAGAGACAUACGACACCAAAUGGCCAGUCAGAACGGCGGCAGUAGCAGCAAGCCAGGUAGUGACCACAUCCUCAAACCAAUGUAUCCCACCAUGCCAUUGCGAGAGGGAGGCCGAUCGGUGUCCUUCCUGUGAGAGAGCGAGCCACGUCUGCCAAAACCAUACCAUCCGCGCCCGAGUCUGAUGUUUACAAACGGCGAUGGACACCCCACCACUCAAUCAUCAAAAUGACAACACGUGUUUCUCGUAUAUGUGGGAAAAGAGGCUUUUUUGUUGAGCAUGGCAAUAAACGAAACUACGGACAGAUUUGAAUGGAUGUAGUUUUCUUAGAGUAUCAUUUAUAGCACAUCGAGUUCAUUUCUGACGAUCUUUGAGAUUUUGGAUCUUCGAGAUGCUGCGGCGUUUUGGUUUGGGGGUGUAAAAACAGUCUGUGAAUGCGAUGUACAUUAGAGCAGUGUGUCCCAACCCUGUUCCUGAAGACACGCCAACAGUACACAUCAACUCUUCAGAACAUUAAAAGAGACUCCGACACCUGAAAUCAAUGGGUCAGGUAAGGGAGACAUCCAUAAUAAGUACUGUCGAUGUGCCUCCAGGAACAUGGUUGGAAAACACUGCAUUAGAGAUUUGCGUCGGACUUUAGGAAGAACUUAGAUUAGCACCACAGCAGCCAGACUGAUCUGCUAGAAUAGUAAAAAAGUAAAUAAAACGUAAACUGCGAGCUCCUAAACGUAGAGCCAUGGGAAAUGCACAAACAGGGUUGAUUUCAUCCGAGCCACAUGUAAACCAAUUGAUAAACGAGUACGAGGUCUGUACGGCAGUUUUGAACUAGACUUGCGGCCAUUUUGAUUGAUCCGUGCUUCAUACGUUGCCAGCAGAUGCUUUUUUUUUUUUUUACGCAGCGAGAUGUAAUGGUAAUGACGGAUAAACACAACAGUUGCCAAAGAUCUGUCGUCCAAAUGGAUUUAAACACUUGAAACGCAGCUUCCCCUGCAGACGAGAGCGCCAUUUUGCCUCCGCUGUGUUUGUUAAAUGAGUGAUUCCUGAGAAUCACAGCCCUCGUUUCCACAAGAAUCACUUCGUACAGAGGAUUCAACUGGAAACACGGAGAAUGCCAUAUGGUGGAGAGCUGAUAUAAAGGAAACGAGACGGUUUUAGGACAUACACAAGUGAGGAUUUCUCUUGUCGUGUAUCUGCUCUGUAUGUCAGCUAGGAUUACAAUGGCCAUCUGCAUCUGCGUUUUCUCUAUGUUGACUUGUUUGAAGUAGCUGAUAUAGCCAUCAUCAAAACACGAAUUUAGAACCUGCUGUUUUUAUUAUUAUUACUUUUUUUUUGGCUUCACUGUCUGUUCGACAUGAUCUCACGGCAAUUCGUAAGUUUUUGAUUUAGUGGCUAAUUCAUAUGAAUUCACAUGAUCUCAUUCG